AUGAGCGAAGAGUCAACAAAUCCAAACAACGAUGACAGUUAUGCGCGUGUGAGAGCAGUGGUCAUGACUCGGGACGACUCCAGCGGCGGGUGGCUCCCCCUGGGGGGCGGGGGCCUCAGCUGCGUCACCGUCUACAAGGUGAGCCAGCGGGAUGACAGCUGCAGCAGCCACAGCGGAGGCAGCAGCGGAGGGGGGAGCAGUGCCAACCUCAGCCCCUGCAGCCCGAGCCCUACCCCCAGCACCACCCCCAGCCCCUCGGCUCUGGAGUUCCACAUCCGGGGGGAGCGUCUCAAAGACAAACUGGUGGUGCUGGAGUGCGUCCUGCAGACUGACGUGGUCUACAACAAGGUGACCCCCAUCUUUCACCACUGGAGGAUCAACGACAAGAAGUUUGGCCUGACCUUCCAGAGCCCCGCAGACGCACGCGCCUUCGACAGGGGCAUCCGCAGGGCCAUCGAGGACCUCAAGCAAGGUUGUCGGUCUUUUGGAGAUGGCGACAGUCCGGAGGAUGGUUUACCAGUGUGCAGCGAGCUCCCCUCCCACUGCACCUCGAUGAAGGAGCCCUUCUCCCCCAUGAGCGACAUCCACUCGGAGCCCUUCAGAGGCUGCUACGUCCGCGCUCAGCCCUUCGACGAGUUCCCAUCCAACACACGCUACCUGCCCCCUCAGGUGUCGUUCAAGCCGAACCGUCACGUCAGCUUCCACAUGGACGAGGAGGAGAUCGUGCGCAUCAACCCACGCAAGGACGUGCUGAUCCGGGGCUACGAGGACUACCGCCACCCUGUCAUGUGGAAGCAGGAGAGCGAGCGCGACACCACAGACUUCCCCUCUGCCUUCCACAAAGCCGACGCCAACAAGUACCUGUUUUCCGACGCACACCCCGGGGACCUGCUGCACUCAGCGGGCUCGGGUGUGGGCCUUGGUGGCGCGGGCCUGGGCCUGGGCAAAGACUCUGCCAUCAAAACACAACCGUCUCCACUGCUGCUUAAAUCCAAAAAGAGCCGGCGGCGGCGAGAGGACGGAGAGCGCUCCCGGUGCAUCUACUGCCGCGAGAUGUUCAACCACGAGGACAACGGGCGCGGCCAGUGCCAGGACGCGCCCGACCCCAUCCGCCAGUGCAUCUACAAAGUCAGCUGCAUGCUGUGCGCCGAGAGCCUGCUCUACCACUGCAUGUCAGACUCGGAGGGCGACUUCUCCGACCCGUGCUCCUGCGACACGUCCGACGAGCAGUUCUGUCUGCGCUGGCUCGCCCUGGUCGCACUGUCCUUCGUGGCGCCCUGCAUGUGCUGCUACCUGCCCCUGCGCGCCUGCCACCACUGUGGAGAGGCGUGCCACUGCUGCGGAGGGAAGCACAAAGCGGCUGGCUGA